AUGUUAACAUCGAACAUUUCAAAAAUUACUCCACUUCUCAUGUAUUUUUUAAUGGAUAUACCAUUAGCAUUAGGAACCACUACUAUUUUGUGCAUCGAUCUGUUAACAAUAAUACCGGCCAUUUCAUUAGCUUAUGAAGAAGCGGAAACAGAUAUUAUGAAAAGACGACCAAGAGAUCCACAGCAUGAUCGACUCGUGAACAAACGUCUUAUAUUGACGACUCAUGGACUAAUUGGAUUCAUUCAAGCAGCUGCUGGAUUCUUUACCUAUUUUGUGAUCAUGGCGGAGAACGGAUUUUUACCAUCGCGCCUUUAUGGUCUGAGAAAAUCAUGGGAAUCAAAAGAUAUCGAUGAUCUUCGAGAUUCCUAUGGCCAAGAAUGGGUUCAGAUUUAUUCUUUUAUUCAACAUAAAGAAAAUUUCUUUUUUUAA